AUGGGACCGAAAAAGAAAGAUGAAAAAGAAUUAAAUCCAGAACAAGAAAUGAAAAGAAAAUUCAAAGCCAAAUGUCGUUUCCGAGCACUUGGCCGGAUGGUGAUGGCAAACACAUAUUGGCUGUUUGAAGCCGCAGAGCAGUAUGAAGGCGUUGAAGAUGUUAAAAGGCGAGUUGCACAAGCUGUACGCGGGAAGACCAAGAAGAAGCGUUUGCUAAGCAUAACGGAUAAAGCUCUUCUAAAUAAGCCUGCUGCGGAAAGGACUGAUUUAGAGAAAAAGUAUAUUUUUCGUAUUAUAGGCGGCCUGAAAUGUUUUAAGCGGUAUCCUAAUCAUGUAAAAAAGAAAUUAGCAGCUGUAACGUAUUUUAAGUAUUAUGGGCCAGACCGUGUGAUAGUUCGGCAACAUCAAGAAGCACAUGCGUUAUAUUUCAUAGUUACAGGUGAUGUGAUCGUCAGCCACUUGGUCUACGACGAUCUUUUGCAACAAAAUGUGUCUGUGGAUAUUGGGAUCAUGCACGCGGGAGAUAUGUUCGGCGAAGUAUCGUUGUUGCAUAACAUUUUACGAACUGCAACAUGCACCACUGCUGGACAUUGCGAAUUACUUAUCCUAAUGAAGGAAGACUUCAAAAAUGUACUUCAAGCGAGUGUUCAAAGACAAUGGGACGAAGUAAAAAACGCAAUGUCAGCGUUCAAUUACUUCGAUGGCCUCGACGAGGUUGCUCGACGCGAAGGUUGCAUAGUGGCUAAAAUGAAAUCAUAUGGUGUAAAUGAGAUCAUACUUGGAGAUGGUGUUGGAGUGGCUAACUUUGUCUACUUUAUAUUGUCUGGACGUUGUCAGAUGAUAGAAUCUUUACAAGUUUGUGCAACCACUCGACUGGGCCGUACUACUUACAAGUUAUACGACCCAUAUGUUGAAGAAGAAGAGAGUGAACAAGAUAUGGAUAAAAAGUAUUUUGCUGCUUAUAAGAAUCUCAAUAAAAGUGAUACUACUAGUUCUUCAAAAGGCAGUAGAGAACAACGCAGUUCAGUUGAGGGGCCCCAGGAUAAUGCAACAGAACAGGCGUCUGAAGAACCUAAACGUCGACCAAGCAUAUUAAAAACGACAGACAAAUCAGAGACACGUGAAUCUAGUGCAUCUAAUGUAUUAAGGGUUACACUCGCGAGUAAUUCAUCCGAACAAAAACGGGCUAAUACUAAAGAAAACGAGUUUAGUCCACUUGCGACAGUCCAGGAAAUUCUACCCACAACCGAUGCGCAACGCGAUUCUAUGAGGUUAAGUGUUGAAUUAAAGAUUACGCCACCGCCACCCAAUCUUCAGACUUACUUCAUGCAGGUCUGUCAAUUCAACCCUGGAUCUACAUUUGGUUUCGGCGAAAAUAUGCGUGAUCGUCGCAUAGUGGCGUUAACUAAAGUCGACUGCAUGAUGUUACCCAAAAUAUGGCUCCUGCAACGCAACACUGCGAAUAUUUGGACCCGUAUUGAACAUUAUCUGAAUAAAAAGAUACCAACUAAGAAGCAAUUAUUUAAAGACUUUGUGACUGAGCGGCGUUGGCUCGAGUUCCGCGAGCAGUUGGUAGAAGAUGUUCUGUCUCGUUCUAACACUGUCAACUGGACCUCAGUUCAUGAUGUACCGUAUUCUAUACGAAUGGAAGAAAUGAUAGAUAUUUAA